CUGCAGCGGUUCUGUGGUGAGCCAGAGGCAAUCAUCAGGAAAUUCCCUGGAUAUCAUAACCCGUGACAGCAACAUCUAAUUAAUCAUCAACUAUGUAACAUGAUCCUGACCCAUAGCGAAGGGACCUGCUGAGCCUUUGGAAACCUGUCUACUGGCCUUCUCCAGACAAUUCCUUCCAGAUCCAGGUAUCCGUGCCCGAGGAUCCCAGGCUGAUGGGGGCCCAGCUCUCCUCCCAGGCUGGGGCAGGAGAGAGAGGAUUUGCUUUUACUGCCAGAGAUCCAGACUGCAUCUCAGAACCCUGCUCCCUCCCAGGCAGAGAGCCUGGAGUCUCAGCCCUUGGCUCCCUGAGGGCACCAAAGGCUCACACACCAGCAGCAGACACCAAGGCGCCCCGGGAGACACUGCGCUUCCACCCUGAGGCCAAGGGCGCGCAGGUGCGUCUAGACGCCCAGCGGUGCACUGCGCGCAGGAACGCCACGUUCCACGACGGCAUCGUGUUCAGCCAGCGGCCGGUGCUUCCCGGGGAGCGGGUGGCGGUCCGCGUGGUGUGGCACGAGGGCGGCUGGUGCGGCGGGCUCCGCGUGGGCUUCACGCGCCUGGACCCCGCGCGGGUGUCCGCGCCCAGCCUGCCACCCUUCGUGUGCCCGGACCUGGAGCUGCAGAGCCCGACAUGGGCGGCCAUGCUGCCCGAGGGCUGCGCGCUGGCGGGGGACGUGGUCUGCUUCUGGGUGAACCGCAGGGGCCGGCUCUUCGUCAGGGUCAACUCGGGCCCCCGGCUGCUGCUGCGCAAGGGCGUGCUCAUGGGCGCCCCCCUCUGGGCCGUGAUGGACGUGUACGGGACCACCAAGGCCAUCAAGCUACUGGGUGAGACAAUCCGCGAGGACCCGGGCACCGCCCCUCGGGUGGCUCGGGUGGAACUGCGUCCCCAUCCAGAGCCGUGGGGAGAGCCUUUCAUCUUUUCCUACACGAUCCCACAGCCAGUGCCUUCCCCUCAACCGUGCCACGGGCCCUCAUCAAUGAGUCUCUGCAGCCGGAAGCCACAGCAGGAGAGGAAUGUGCCAUCUGUUUCCACCACGCUGCCAACACCUGCCUGGUUCCCUGCGGCCACACACACUUCUGCAGCUACUGUGCCUUGCGGGUCUUCAGGGACUUGGCCAAAUGCCCUGUAUGUCGCUGGGAGAUCAAGGCGGUGGUCCCGGCGUGGGGCCCUCCCAUUCUGAGGACUGGGGAGGGCCUCCUGAUGCAGGUAGCAAAUUGAAUCUAGCUCUGAGCCAGAGGGAGGAGGUGCAGCCCCACCUCCGUUCUGGAGAAGAGUCAGAAAAGCUGGUCAUCAACAAGAAAUGGGGGCAGGGAGGCUCUUUCCCCCUCCCCAACAGGUUGGGGUCCGUGGAGCAAGGAGGAGCCCCUUUUUCUGCCCACACCAGAACUCCCUUCCUAGUGGGGUUCCUGUAGAAAGUGGCUCAGCAGUGGGCCAGCAGGCUUCUGGUCCCCCACUGCUUGGCUCCAAGUUCAUUUGUGCCCAGGGCUUGCCAAGGCUUUUGGCUGGCCACCUGGUCCAGCCACCAUAGACCUAGCAAUCGUGGUACGCGUAGGUCACAUCCAUGAGAAGGGCCUUUAUAUAGAGAUGAGACAGCCUGAUCCCUAGUUUCAUAGCUGGGGAAGUUAAGGUAACUGCAUGUAUCUGGUGAAAUCCCAGCCCACCCCUGGGUAUUGAGGAGCCUGGACCAGACACACAGAGGCAUCUGGGUGGAAUGUUUACAGUCCUGUGUGGAAGCUGGGUGACCCCUGACAAAUCCUCCAUAAAGUGGAUAGGAGAGACCUGCUUGCCUGCCUUGCAGGGUCAUUGUGAGGUUCCAGUGAGAUCGCGUUUCUGAAGAGGUUUCCGCACAUGAGACUAUACUGUCGUUGCUAUGCCUUUUUCCUUGCCAAAUUCUGAGGUGUCAAAAUAAAGUUUGUCUUUUGGGAA